AGUAUUUUUUCAUCAACAACGCAAUUCCGGUUCAUUGCCACCUCAUGCAGGCAUUGUUAUUCCGUUUAGUCAUUAUUUCAUUGACGUAUUUUUCCCCUUUGCAUGUGUAUCUUGUUUUUGCUGCCAUGAGGUGAUGAAAUUGUUGUGGAAGUUGUUAACGUACGUCUCAAUGCUCCAUUUUUCAUUUUUCAAUAACUCGGGGGAAUAAUAUUUGUCGCAGGAGCACGUGAUGACGAUUAUUUCGACUAGAGAGAGGAGACAAUCGGUCCAAAAGAAAGCUGGGAAGAAGUUCGAUAAGAGGCCACUGCAGCUGAUGAAAAUUAUUCAUCACGUUUGUUCGAAGUCACGUUUUACUCACGUUUUCGUCAGAUACCCUGGGACUUGACUCUAAUAUGUUUUGAUAUGGAGGGUCAUUUGGUUGACCCGCAUCGUGAAGAUACAGAGAUAAGCGAGGAUUAUCCGAUAUUGAAAUCGUUCCUCGCUGGCUCCUUCUCUGGAACAUUUUCAACUAUUUUAUUUCAACCCUUGGACCUCGUGAAAACGAGACUUCAGAGCCCAGUGGCACACGACCAUGUACGUCCACCGAAGCAUCCAAUGCUCAGCACAAUGAUCCACAUAAUCCAGAAGGACAACAUCCUGGGGCUGUGGAGGGGCAUGACCCCGUCCAUCACGAGGGUGAUCCCAGGAGUCGGCCUCUACUUCUCCUCCAUCCACUACCUGAAGCACAGUAUGGACCUGCGAGACCCCCUGACACCCCUCCAAGCUGUCUCUUUAGGGAUCACUGCCAGAACCAUGUCAGGGUGUCUGUUAAUUCCGAUUACAGUCGUGAAAACACGAUUCGAGAGUGGAGUUUACAGAUAUGAGAGCAUGGGUCAAGCCCUCAGAAUGAUUUACAAACAGGAAGGGGUUCGGGGGCUUUCCAGUGGACUUGCGCCCACUCUCCUGAGGGACGCACCUUACAGUGGACUAUAUCUAAUGUUUUACACGCAAUUGAAAGAAGUGUCUUCUCUAGCCUUAGAUAAUAAAAAAUUAAUGACUGUGAACUUCGGCUGUGGAAUCUUGGCUGGAAUUUUUGCGUCCAUUGUCACGCACCCAGCAGACGUUGUAAAGACGAAAAUGCAGUUGUAUCCUCAGGAGUUCAGGAAUGCAUACAGUGGAUUUUUGUCUGUGUACACGAAGUAUGGAGUAAUGGGGUAUUUCAAGGGGAUCGUCCCCAGGAUGCUCAGGAGGACACUGAUGACCACAAUGGCGUGGACUGUGUACGAGCAAGUUACAAGGACCAUUGGCCUCAAAUGAUUGAUAUAAUUGUCAUUAUUUUUCGAUUGUGACCAGUAUUAGCGGCAUUUCAUGUCAAUUCAGCCCUUUUUCACUGCUAAAAAUUUCAAAAUGGGUAAAUUGGAAUGGAAUGUCUCAUUAGACUAAAAAGGCUGUACACGACACGAUUACUUCAGUGUUUUUUAUUUCUCGUAUUAUUAUAAUUAAGAUUGUUAUUUGAUAAGUAAUAAAAGUUUCAUUAACUCAA